AUGCACUGUUGGGUAAAACGCGCUUAUUACAGGGGGUUUGAACAACACCUCCAACAUAUACAGGAAUACGACAUAAUCGUAGACCUCGGGUGUGGGACCGGGUAUUUGGCGGACCUGUUGUCACAAUCAGUGAAACACAAGCGCAUCGUUGGGGUCGACGUCUCGCCAGAGAUGAUAGCAUUUGCCGAACAAAAUUACAAACCCAUGGAUUCCGUCCAGUAUUUGGUCCAAGACUUGAGCCAAUCCUGGGAUUCAUUGAGUUCUGAGUUGAAGGCAUUGGAGUCUAAGGUAUCGCUAAUUGUAUCUAACUUUGCCAUACAAUUCAUCUCCGAUAAGAGCCGACUAAUGCAUGUCGUGAGCAAACUGUUGGCCAAAAACGGGGAAUUUAUGGCCAUUUAUACCAUAAAACCUGACGUGAUUUUAAUGUUAACCGACGAACAGAUAUUACACAAUAAUAUAACAUUGGCCGACAAAUGGGACCCAAACGGACCCGAAGUCCCCACUUAUUAUCACGGCAUACAAGUUGAAUGUUAUAAACGUUAA